GCUUCCCGUUCCCGGCGCUCCUCGCGGCCGCCGCCCUCAGUCCGGCGGCCCCGCCUGGGCAGCGACUGUUAGCGCGACCGCGGCCUGGGCGCCUGGUCCCUCCCGCGCGGCCGCGCUAUUGGGCCGCGCGCGGCGGACACGCGCGCUACGCGCCGCCGAUUGGCGGCCUCCGCAGCCCGCUCUGCGGCUCCCCCAAUGCGGGGCGGCCGCGCGCGGGUAUUGGCCGCACGCCGCGAAGGCCCGCCCUCCGCUCGCCCGGCGCGGCAGGCGGGUGCCGGCGACCGGAGAGCCUGGACAGGCUUUCCAGAUGGCUGCGGCGGUCGGUCGGUGAGGCUUUCCCGGCUGUGGUUUGGCUGCGGGCGGCUUGGGCAGCCCGCGGGCGCCUCAGGUAGAAGAAGAAAGGUGCCACUCCGGCAUGAAGACAGACUCGCUUAGUCGCCAGUCACUUAAGCUGAGUGCAUUGUGAUUUCCAAUAAUUGAGGCAGUGGUUCUAAAAGCUGUCUACAUUAAUGAAAAGAGCAAUGUGGCCAGCUUGACUAAGCCGCCAGCGCACAGCGCGGCAGGACGCGCCCGGGUCUCAGCGGACUUGUGCAUGUUAGCUGUGUAGAUUUAUGUGAGGGCUUGUAAAACUCUGGUCUUGUAAACUAGUCUUAAGCGCUUUUAAUAUGGAGACAGAUGAGAGCCCCUCUCCGCUCCCGUGUGGGCCCGCAGGAGAAGCGGUGAUGGAGAGCCGAGCUCGCCCCUUCCAAGCGCUGCCCCGUGAGCAGUCUCCACCACCUCCCCUGCAAACGUCCAGUGGUGCAGAGGUAAUGGACGUUGGCUCUGGUGGUGAUGGACAGUCCGAACUCCCUGCUGAGGACCCCUUCAACUUCUACGGAGCUUCUCUUCUCUCCAAAGGAUCCUUCUCUAAGGGCCGCCUCCUCAUAGACCCGAACUGUAGUGGCCACAGCCCGCGCACCGCCCGGCACGCACCUGCGGUCCGGAAGUUCUCCCCUGACCUUAAGUUGCUUAAGGAUGUAAAGAUUAGCGUGAGCUUUACCGAGAGCUGCAGGAGUAAGGACAGGAAGGUGCUGUACACAGGAGCAGAGCGCGACGUGCGGGCGGAGUGCGGUCUGCUCCUUAGCCCUGUCAGUGGGGACGUGCAUGCUUGUCCCUUUGGCGGGAGUGUUGGUGACGGGGUAGGCAUAGGGGGUGAGAGUGCUGAUAAGAAGGAUGAGGAGAAUGAGCUGGAUCAGGAAAAGAGAGUGGAGUAUGCAGUGCUCGAUGAGUUAGAAGAUUUUACUGACAAUUUGGAGCUAGAUGAAGAAGGAGCAGGCGGGUUCACGGCUAAAGCAAUCGUUCAGAGAGACAGAGUGGAUGAAGAGGCCUUGAAUUUCCCCUACGAGGAUGACUUUGACAACGAUGUGGAUGCUCUGCUGGAAGAAGGCCUUUGUGCCCCCAAAAAGAGGCGAACAGAGGAAAAAUAUGGCGGAGACAGCGACCAUCCGUCCGAUGGAGAGACGAGUGUGCAGCCGAUGAUGACCAAGAUUAAAACAGUGCUCAAAAGUCGUGGCCGCCCACCUACAGAGCCGCUGCCCGACGGGUGGAUCAUGACAUUCCAUAACUCUGGAGUCCCGGUGUACCUACACAGAGAGUCUCGGGUGGUCACCUGGUCCAGGCCAUACUUCUUGGGAACGGGAAGCAUACGGAAACACGACCCUCCUCUGAGUAGCAUCCCUUGUCUGCAUUAUAAGAAAAUGAAGGACAACGAGGAACGGGAGCAAAGCAGUGACCUCACCCCUAGUGGGGAUGUGUCCCCCGUCAAGCCCCUGAGCCGAUCUGCAGAGCUGGAGUUUCCCCUGGAUGAGCCUGACUCUAUGGGUGCUGACCCGGGGCCCCCGGACGAGAAAGACCCACUAGGGGCUGAGGCAGCCCCUGGGGCCCUGGGGCAGGUGAAGGCCAAAGUCGAGGUGUGCAAAGACGAAUCUGUUGAUCUCGAGGAAUUUCGAAGCUACCUGGAGAAGCGUUUUGACUUUGAGCAAGUUACUGUGAAAAAAUUCAGGACUUGGGCUGAGCGGCGGCAAUUCAAUCGGGAAAUGAAGCGGAAGCAGGCGGAGUCCGAGAGGCCCAUCUUACCAGCCAAUCAGAAGCUCAUUACUUUAUCAGUGCAAGAUGCACCCACAAAGAAAGAGUUUGUUAUUAACCCCAACGGGAAAUCCGAGGUCUGCAUCCUGCACGAGUACAUGCAGCGUGUCCUCAAGGUCCGCCCUGUCUAUAAUUUCUUUGAAUGUGAGAACCCAAGUGAGCCUUUUGGUGCCUCGGUGACCAUUGAUGGUGUGACUUACGGAUCUGGAACUGCAAGCAGCAAAAAACUUGCGAAGAAUAAAGCUGCCCGAGCUACACUGGAAAUCCUCAUCCCUGACUUUGUUAAACAGACCUCUGAAGAGAAGCCCAAAGACAGUGAAGAACUCGAGUAUUUUAACCACAUCAGCAUCGAGGACUCGCGGGUCUACGAGCUGACCAGCAAGGCUGGGCUGUUGUCUCCAUAUCAGAUCCUCCACGAGUGCCUUAAAAGAAACCAUGGGAUGGGUGACACGUCUAUCAAGUUUGAAGUGGUUCCUGGGAAAAACCAGAAGAGUGAAUACGUCAUGGCGUGUGGCAAGCACACAGUGCGCGGGUGGUGUAAGAACAAGAGAGUUGGAAAGCAGUUAGCCUCACAGAAGAUCCUUCAGCUGCUGCACCCACAUGUCAAGAACUGGGGGUCUUUACUGCGCAUGUAUGGCCGUGAGAGCAGCAAGAUGGUCAAGCAGGAGACGUCGGACAAGAGUGUGAUUGAGCUGCAGCAGUAUGCCAAGAAGAACAAGCCCAACCUGCACAUCCUCAGCAAGCUCCAAGAGGAGAUGAAGAGGCUGGCUGAGGAAAGGGAGGAGACUCGAAAGAAGCCCAAGAUGUCCAUUGUGGCGUCCGCCCAGCCUGGCGGUGAGCCCCUGUGCACCGUGGACGUGUGAGGGAGGUGGCACGGGCCAGGGCGCGGGGGCCGCCAGCCGCACUUCUGAGGAGACCAGCAGUCAUGCAUCGUGCACCAGUGUCAGGCCUCCAACCCACGCUCCUUCCCUGUGGCCAACUUGUGGGCCCGGCCUUAGGGUGGAGGCUUUGGUGUACAGGGACAGCCAUGGCCACACAGCACACAUGUGGAGCAGCGGCUCUCCCUGGAAAGCUCCAGGCCUGAAUGGAUGGACUCAGCGACUGCACCAGUGGCAGCUGGUGACUGUGGACAGUGGUGGACCCUGCUUCUGUGCACCUGCUGCAGGCUCUUUUUAUGAAGGCUUUCAUGAAUUUUAGUAUGUAAUACGCACUGACGACACAUGAUGCUUGGAUGACAGAUGAGAGGGGAUGGCUGAGUCCUGUGGCUGGCCCGUGAUGCCAGGUGGCCCAUGUGCCCAGGGCGCCUGCAGGGCUGCUACAGGGACCUGGUCAGGAGGUGCACAUGGUGCCCUGCCCUCACCCACCCUCUGUGUUUCCCCUUCUUUGAAAAGGUAGAACAGAAAGGAAUAUUUUAAACCUUUUUGGCUUAAACAGAAUUUUAGCAUCAGAACUAGCUUUCUGGAAUUGGAGGCAAACCAUCAAGGUGGUCCCUCUCCAGUCUGGACACGAUGCCAGCAAGGAUGACAUCCUGCCACCUCCUGGAGUUACCCUGGCCUCCUAGGGCCCCUUUUUCUGAUGAAGUCUUAAUGCCCUAAAAGCGCCUCUCUGGACACUGAGGCCCUCUCUGCCUUUCCUGGCCUCCGGCAACAGUUUUUUACAAAGAUUUUUUGCAGUCGAGUCCAUAUGUCCACCCAUUGAUUUUUAAAGCUUUUGUGAUAUUUUAGCAUUUUGAAAGACUUUUACAGUGAGAGUAGAAGGUAGAUUUGGAAUCAUGCAUUUUAGCAAGUGGACUUGUUUAAACAGGAAGCAAGGGCCUUCAGUGUAGCCCAUUCUUGAUCCAGAGCUGUUGCCUGUGACAGCGGUUUCUCUGGAUGUCAAAGGCAGCUGCCUGGUGCCCAGCUUGCUUCUCGACUGGUGGCCCCUAUGGGUGGGUGUGCGAUGGAAAUGUGUUCCUGCCUGAGUCUGAGGCACCAGGGUGUGCUCAAAGGCUGGCCCUGGUGGUGGAUUGGCACCUGUGCAGAGUGCCGUGUGCUUGUGGUGCGCCAUCUGAAGCAAGAGUCCAGCGUUCUGCCGUGUCUGUCCCCCACCAUGCACCCUACAGGCGGUACAGAUGGCGCUUUUUUUUUUUUCUGUCAGGAAAACAAUGUUGGCCUGUGGGCCGCCCACAACAUAUCCUUCCCUCACUACCUGUGUGACCAAGGUUGGCUUCUGUUGACCUUUAAAAAAGAAACCCUCAACUCAAAUUGCUAUAAUUAGACACUUGCUUCUGUCUUGCCUCCUGUCUGCAGCUGUGAAUAGUCAUUUGAAUGUGACUGUUGCCCUUAGCCAGCCAGAUGCGCCUGUGAACCAAAGCUUCGUGCACAUGUGUUCCCCUAAAGGUUGGGGAGCCUCGCUGUGUCUUGCUGUUCCCAGGCACCACCACAGCAGGUGCUGCCAUACUCCUGUGGUCUCUGUGCGCCGCCGCCGCCGCCCCCCCCCCCCCCCCCCGUCUGCCAAGCAUGGGUAUGAAUCAUGUGCACACAGCCAUGCUUCAAGGCCGGGGCAGGGGAGCCUGUGCUGAUGCCAUCCAGGGCACUGGGCUGCGCCUGGAAGGCGAGCCUUGAUUGUCUGAACACAUAAAGCAAACUGUCCAGAA